AUGACUGCUGUGGUCCAACCCGACCUUGGUCCUCCACCUGCGCACAAGUAUAAGGAUGAUCCUUCAGAUGACUCGCUUCGGCACUUAGGAAGCAGCCACCAUCAGAGUCUUCAGCAACAUUCCCGCCCAGGUGGCCUACUACACCAUCACAGUCAACGACCGGAUUCUCCUCACCAACACCCUGGGGGUUCACUGCCACCAAAUCCAUAUUCUACAGCCUCUGGAUUAACCGGCCUAUCUCUACAACACCCACCACCACCACAAUACCCCCCACCGGCACAGGAUCCUUAUUACGCCUCACAUGCCAACCCAUAUCCGGCAGCAACCGCCCCGCAUUACCCAUCUAGUGGACCUCCAGAUCUUAUGGCUGCAACUGCCCAAAUGCAGAGGCCAUACCCUCCAAUUUACCAAACAACUCCUCAGUCAAACUCUCCAGCUUCGGUGGCAUCGUCACAAACACAUGAUCAACAUGGACGAAGCCUCUAUGCGCAGUCUCCUCAGAUUCCAUCACAGAUGUACGGUUACCAACCGUACUCUCCUAUCAAUCCUGUUCAUCCCGCCUACAACCCCCAACCACCUGCGCCUCAGCAUCCCUUAACGACUCAAUCUUUGAUGAUGCCUCCACAUACAGCGCCUAUUCAACACACGAUUCCAUCAACACAUCAACCGGCUAUGUCUAGUUCAACCAUAAGCAACAACAGCCCCCGGCUCAAGGUGGAUUCUAUACCACAACAGCACACGCCUAUUCAGAAUCAGCGACCACCACCGAUUUCUGCUUCAACAUUGACAUCGCCGAAUACGCCUGGACAGCCUCUUUCUGCAAACAACGUACAUGUCAGUCACCCGGCUGGCGCAAAUCCUACCAAUGCAGCCCCUGGUCCGAUUCCUGCAACCACUCCGCAGCUUGUCCGCCAAGACAGCAACGGCGUGCAAUGGAUUGCUUUCGAAUACUCGCGCGACCGUGUGAAGAUGGAGUACACUAUUCGUUGCGACGUGGAGUCCGUAAACGUAGAGGCUUUAUCAGCAGAUUUCAAGACCGAAAACUGUGUCUAUCCUCGUGCAUGCUGCAGCAAGGACCAAUAUCGUGGCAACCGACUGGUGUACGAAACUGAAUGCAACGCUGUUGGCUGGGCAUUAGCUGAACUGAACCCUCCUCUACGAGGAAAGAGAGGCUUAAUUCAGCGUGCUGUUGAUAGCUGGCGAAACAGCAACCAGGAUCCUAGGCUGCGAAGUCGUCGAGUUCGACGCAUGGCGAAGAUGAGUCGUCGACAAGCUAACCAGACACCAAACCAUCAACUCGGUGCAACCGCACCCAUGCCACACCUUCUGACGCAAAACCAUACGGCACUCGCACCGAACGCCCGUCCUCCAAGCGCACCCCUAACGCUGGCAGCGCCGCCCUUACAGCACCACGCCCACCACGCAGAUGGCCAAGCUGGAAAUGAAGAUGUUAGCGGCAGCACUGAUUUUUCGAACGGUAUUCAUCGUCCUCCCUACGUCUCAACCAGUGCGAAACCUUCGAUUAGUGGCAUCCAGGAACCGACUCCAGACCUUCGUACUGGACAUGUUUACCAAGGCAUGCUCCCAUAUCCUACAGCUCAUGCACCUGGUGGCUUAGGUAUACCAUCUAUGGCCCCGCCACUUCAAGGAGGCGGUUUUGACACCAUCGGCCGACAUUCCGUGGCUACCGCAGCCAGUCAACACCACGAUGCAGACGAUUCAUAUGAAACAGAGGCUGAUAUGGGAAAGCCCGGCGACAAGAUUCUCUUUGGCAGCUUGCCAGCUGGUAAACGACGGAAGUUCAUUCUAGUUGACGAUCACCAGCGUGGUGGUCGUGCGCGAGUCAAAGUUACAUUGGACAAAGUCAACAUGAACGAGAUUCCUGAUUCAUAUCGUCUUACGAAUGCAGUUUUCCCUCGUGCUUAUUAUCCCAUACAGAUGAAAGGUUCUCCGGGGCAUACUGUCCCUGACAGCCGGUAUCUUGAAGACAAUGACGCUGACGAUAAUAACGAUGAUGAUGAAGAUGGGUAUGAAUUUGACAACGGCAACGAUCCUGUUACUGUUGGCCGGACAAUCGUCAAUCUACCGACCAUUGAGGGUCUCUCUAUGCCUGUGCCACAGCUUACCCGCAGUCGACAUCGCAAAGAUAAAGUCGUAAAUGACUUUGGGUACCGUAUGAGCUGGAGCCAAAGCCGUGUAUUCGCUGGUCGGCAUUUGUUCUUGCAGCGAUCACUGGAUGCAUACAGAAAUAAAAUGCGUGGCUCAAUGUUGACAAUCGGACAAGAACCGGUAACGAUAGCAUCACAUUUCGAAACACGAAUCGGAAAACGCAAGUUCAAUAGCCGUUCCCAACGAAGGAGGAACGAAGGUUCGUCGAUGACAGCGACUCGACGCGAAGCAGAAGAGGUUGAAGCUUAG